ACUAUCCUUCAACAUAACGCCGUGGCACUAUUGAUAUUUUUGAUUUACUAUCGUCUGUCCACAAGAAUUACGUUCGUCGAAAUAAUAAUAUAUAGUAACUGCAAGUUUAAUCGUUCAGAAUCAUGCAAUCGACGAGAAUCGCGUCCGUGUGCCUACUGUUGUUGGCGAGUCGAGCGGCAGGACACGCAAUUGGCGAAAAUCACGGUGCGGACUACGAACACUCGUCCGGAAUCGGCGAAGACCGUAAGAGAGACACUUCGCAUCAGUCGAGGGUUUUGGACAUGGAGUCGAUAUUUGCGGGUUUUGCCAAGUCAAUGAUCAGCCGGACUGGAACUACCAGUAGUCAAAUGCUCAGCCUAAACAUGUCGAACAUAGUACUGAUGCUGGUCCUCAAGGGACUGAUCUGGGGAGCGUCAUACAUGCAAGGGCACAGUGACAAAGGCCGGAAGGACGGUCCGGAUGCGGUGACCUUGAGCGGGAGCGGACUUUUGCAGGACAUGGUCAACGAGACGGAUUUGCUAUUGUUCCUUGGAUAUUUGGUGGCCGAUGAGUCAGGUCGUUACGAUUGCCUGAAUCGCGUGGCGUGUGAGCAACCGGCUAGAGCGGAAGGUUACCUGAAGAGCGCCGAAAUAGUUUGGAAAACAGCGAAGUUAUUGGAUGCUGUGGUGCCGGUAGAUGCGAAAUACGAACGAAUGUUGAUCGAGUUGCAAGAAGCCAUUGAAGAUGGUAGAGCGGACGGAGAUUGUCAAGCCAAAUACAAAUGCUCCGAGCCGAACAACAACGAAGAUAACUUUAACCUGAUUUAAUAUGUAUAUUAUUAUAGUUUUUUUUUAUGUUUAAGAUAUGUUUUGCCAAAUUUAAGUCUGAUCAACGAGAACGCAGUGAGCAAUCAUUUUAUGUAUUGAAUUAUUAUUGAAUAUUUUAAUCACGCAAUAACGCAGA